ACAAUUUUCUUUGGACUAGUACCUUUUUAAAAUUUUAAUUAAUGAAGUAUCGUCCCAGUUGCUAAUGACAAUCAUUGGAUGAUAGAGAAGCAAUCUAAGAUUAGAUAUACUCAUUAGAAUUAAGUGAUCUUCAUUAGAGUCUAAUGGUCAUGAAAAGUCCCAGAUGAAUCGUCUCAAAAUCGUAGAGAGUUCUUUAAUGUUCCUAAAAAUAUUGUGCAAUAUGAUCAUAUGUAGCAACUAACCAGAAUACAAAGAAUUUUCUUUCAUGUUCCUCAUUAUCAGUGAUACCAGAGAAUAAGGCGAACAAGGUAUCGAAACCUGGGAAUUAGGCAGUACCUGCUUAAAUGUAAUAACUCGAAGACUUGCAGAAUCGAAGAUGGUAUUUUGAGUUGAUAAUCGUUCAGAAUACAUUUUUGAAUUUCCAAAUACAAUUAGAAAGUUUGUUGAUUUUCGGUUUGUUUGAGCAAAAUGGGGUAUCUUGACAAGAAGUGGUGACGACUCUGAUCCCAUGACGAACCCUUCGCGAGAUGCUCGUGCGGAGGACCAGCCUCUGGGUCUAGACUAUAGAGAUCCAAGAGUGGCUCAUGUUAAUCAUCCAGUUCAUCAUGUGCAUCAGGGGAAUCCAGUGAGCCACAUUGGUGGCACCAGAGUUAGAAGGACAAGAGGUUCUUCGAGGCGAAGAAUGCAUUUGGCUAGUGAAGUUCCUCCACAGGGUCCAACUGGUGGAAAUCAUAUUUCUGAUUACGCUCUUACUGCUGAUCUUCUUGCUGAAAGGACUUUGGAUGGUCUACUUGCUGAGCAUCCUGGGGAACUCGUGAGAACAGGUUGUCCUCACGUUGUUUGUACCGUGUUGCCGUCGCAUUGGCGAUCCAACAAGACACUUCCGGUAGCUUUCAAGGUCGUGGCUCUUGGCGAAGUUGGUGAUGGAACUUUGGUCACUGUGCGUGCUGGCAACGAUGAAAACUGUUGCGCUGAGCUACGUAACUCGACUGCUUUGAUGAAGAACCAGGUUGCAAAGUUCAACGACCUUAGGUUCGUCGGCAGAAGUGGAAGAGGAAAAAGUUUCACCUUAACGAUAAUGCUGCAAACAUCGCCUCCUCAGGUAGCUACGCUUUCAAAGGCGAUAAAGGUGACAGUCGAUGGUCCUCGGGAGCCAAGGUCCAAGACAAGGCAUCAGGCCUUUCAUCCCUUCCACUUCGGUCCUCGGCCGUUCCCCUUUGGGCAUCCGCAGGAUCCGCUGGGAUUUAAGUUGUCCGGUUUGCAACACCUGAGUCUGGAGCAAGGAGGUGGCCAAGGGUGGGGAGGUUUGCCGAGAGGGGGGCUUCCCCCACACUGUCUUCCACCACCUCCCGGUCAUCACUCGCAUUCUCAUCCUCCACCAGGGGGAGUCUCAGCCUUCAAUCCCUUCCACCAUGCCAUUGAACAAAGAUCUCCUAGGAUGCAAGGGCCUGCUACCACCGAAUCACCUAGAAAUGAUUUAGGGCCCAUUAGUGUUUCUGUGAGAGAGGCAACGCCAACAAUUUCACCAGGAAACCCAGGGCCUGGUCUGCUGACAACAGCUUCGGCCACAGCACCAACACCACCAGCAGAACCAACAACAGCAGCAACCAGUCCACCUGGACAUCAUCCUCAUUUCCAAGGUCUUCAUCUUCUAGGAGCUACCAAUUCGCUCUUCGGCUCGAUAUUCGCUCCACUUCUUCCUCAAUCGUCUUGGCUAUACAAUCCCCUCUACAACACACAACAGUACAUUCUGGAACCCGAGUGGCAUGCUCUUGCUUUACGGAUGGCUCAACAUCGUCUACAGAGGCCCGACCAAGCACGUUUAGAAGAAUUUAGAAAACUCAGAGCCAGUAGUGGAAGUCCAGAAGGAAGUCUCAAAGAAGAAAGACGACGGGAAUCGGAAGACCAGGAUGCACGUGAAACUGAAAGUCCUGAAGGCAGUAUAGAAGUGGACGACAGGAAUUAUCAGGACGCCAAAAGUCGAGCCAGAAGUGAAGAGUCGCUCCCGGAACAGGAGUCCCCUAGAAUAUCACCAGUCAGGAGUGAUCAGGAUGAUACCACUUCUAGGGAUCUUGCUGAUCGAGAAGCUUCAAUUCGAUUAAGACCUAGUUUGGAAAACCUUAAUGAGUCUGAGGUUCAUGAUCAAGAACAAACAGCUGUUUCUUAUCGUGGUGAUUUAUCUGUGAAGAUCAGAGUUGAGGGUACUGUAGAUCUCAGUACCAAAAGGGGUCAAGAUAAGGAAAAUGUGGGUCAAGAUCUCACUACUCGGCGGAAGGAAGAUGACAUGGAAACAGAGAGAGAUCCUAUCAGAUCAAGGAGGGAUAGAAGCCCUAAGCCGAGACAAGUUUGGCGACCUUAUUGAGAUUUUGGAAUCAACUGAUUUUCUAGAAUUUACAAAGCAGGUGAGAGAACAUAGAUUUUGAAAGAAAGAUGCUGCUCCUUUUAAAAUAUAGAUUCUCCUACCAUACUACUUUGAUCCUGACUUCAUUCAAAUUGUGAUAAUAUCACUUUACCUGUCGCAGGAAUAAAGAACAAUCCGGUGGUGAUGUGAGCUUGCGAAUUAUCAAUUUAUCCUUGGUACCCUUGGUUUUAUCUCAAACCGGAAAGACAAGAACUCCAGGACUAACCAGGGUUUAGGGUUGAGUAGACUGUAAAUACAAAUAACGUCCAAUGGUAUAUAAAAUAGAAUAUGAAACUCUAUUAAAAAUGCUCUUGUCUCAUUCCCAAUUUUUCUGAGUCGAUAGAUUUAAAUUUUAUGAGUGGAUGGUUUGUCAGUAUGAAAGAGAUGAAACUCGUCUGAGAUGGUGUGAUACAGCUUGACUUUAUAGAAAUGUUUUUAAAUUGAUGUAAAAGUAUAAAAGGGAGAGACAUAAAGUCGUUAUAUGAAGAAAAAAGGAAGGAUAGAAAUAAAAAAUGAGAUGUUUCUUAGUAACCCUGUAAAUAAGUGUAGUUGUAUACGAUAUCUCUCAGAUUGUCUUUGGGAAUGAAGAAAUGAAAUAUUGUUUCUGGGAAAACUUGGGCGUGUUGUAUGUGGAGUGUUCUUUGGAAUCUUUGUAUUGAGAUUUGAAUACCUUCUCGAUUCUGUGUUCUUAGACAUU